AUGGAGGGAGUACUCUUUUUGACUGACAGGAGCAACACACUGCAUAGUGCGUUCACUAUACAGACUUCCAGGCCCAAAUCAAAACCUUCCUUUCUCGGACGCCGCCGCCGCCACCCCACCCGCGCACCCGCGCGCCCGCACGGCCGUCCGCCGCCGCCGCGCGCGCCUCCUGGCCGCGCGCACGCCCGCCCGCCGAGCGCGCCCCCGGCCGCGCGACCUCCCUUCUCUCUUGACCGCCGGCGCCGCCCCCGGCCGCGCGCGCCCCCGGCCGCCCGCCCGCCGCCCUCGGCCGCGCGCUCGCCCGCCCUCGCGCGCUCGCCCGCCCGCGCGCACGCUCGCCCGCCGCCGCGCUCGCCCCGGGCCGCGGGCACGCCCGACCUCGCCGCGCACUCGCCCGCCCCCGCGCGCGCCCCCGGCCGCGCGCCUGCCUGUGGCUUCGCCCGCCGCCGCGCGCUCCUCCCCCGCCCGCUCGCCCACUGCCGCGCUUCCCCGCCCACCGCCUAUCCGAGGACAGAGGAGAAGGAGGUGGGAGAAGGAGAAGUAGCCCCGUGUUGCGACGUGGUGUCUACCAUCGCAAGGUUUUUGGAACCUCCCGAUGUAGGGGAGGUGCUGUCGAAAUUUUCAAUUGACACCUAUUGCCUUUUUAUGCAGGAGAAGAGCACGUCGCAGGAGACCCGGAGGACGCCAUUUGUCUUCGUCCGCGUCGCGGUUCUGCCUGCACUGCGUCGCCUCACCACUGCGUCGACUCGCACUGCACCGGACGUGUAUCGGGAGAACGACGAGGAGGUGCUGCCGAAAUUUUGUCUCGGAUAG